UAUGUGUGCAUCUCCUGAAGUAUAGAUCCUUACUGUUUCUAACAAAGUAAUAUUAUUAGAGCAUUUCCCACUAGUCCGUCCUUAUGGCAUCGCCGGCACCAAAAUCGCCAGAACAAUCCGAAAGAAAUAGGAAAUACGACAGACAAUUAAGGUUGUGGGGUGACCAUGGUCAAGCUGCAUUGGAAGGUGCACACGUUUGUGUCAUAAAUGCUACAGGCCUUGGUACUGAAAUUCUGAAAUCCUUAGUCCUCCCAGGCAUUGGAGCAUUUACAAUUAUAGAUGGUAAAAAAAUUACACACGAGGACAUUGGAGCAAAUUUUUUUUUAGAAGCAGAUAGUGUUGGAAAAUCAAGAGCUCAGGUAGCAAUGCAAAUGCUAUUGGAAUUAAAUUCAGAUGUUAGAGGUGAUUACAUAGAUGAGGAACCUGAACAAAUUUUGUAUAAUAGCCCAGAUUUUUUUAACAAUUUUACCGUUGUUGUAGCUACUUCGCUUGUGGAAAAAUCUUUAAUUCUUCUGUCGCAAAGGCUUUGGGAGCUAAACAUACCAUUAAUAGUUUGCAGGAGUAUAGGUUUCAUUGCAUACAUGAGGAUUCAAGUAAAAGAGCACACAGUCAUAGAAACACAUCCUGAUAAUGAAACACCAGAUUUACGUUUAGAUAAGCCAUUCGAGACACUGAAAACGCAUCUUGAUUCAAUAAAUCUAGACGAAAUCAGCUUUAAAGAUUACCCUCAUAUACCAUAUUUAGUUAUAUUAUAUAAAUUUUUACAAAAUUGGAUGGUAGAUCAUCAAGAAUUACCGAAAACGUACAAGGAAAAAAAUGAAUUUAAGAAACUGAUAAAGGAAGGUAUGCAAAGAAAUGAGAAUGAUGCAACAAAUAGCGAAGAAAAUCUAGCAGAAGCUAUGAGAGCAGUAAAUACAUGCAUAACGCAUUCGGAGAUACCGGAAAGCGUGAGAAAUAUUUUAAACGAUGACCGGUGUAUUAAUUUAACAGCCAAGAGCAGUUCAUUUUGGAUUAUUGCAAAAGCUAUAAGAGAUUUUUGUGAAAAUGAGGGGUCUGGAUUAUUGCCAUUGAAAGGUACUUUGCCGGAUAUGACGGCCGAUACUGAGAAAUAUAUAACGCUUCAACAACUUUAUCACAAACAAGCGAUAUCUGACGCGGAAGCAGUAUGGCGACGUACGCUCCAAUUAUUACGACAAUUGGGCAAACCGUCGGAUUCUAUUUCCGAAAGAGACGUUAAAUUAUUUUGCAAAUACGCUUCAACUAUACACGUAGAAAGAGGAACAUGUAUAGCAGAUGAAUAUGAUUCCAAAAUCUCCGAGACGUAUAAUAUAGUGCAAAGUUUAGAAAAUCCGGAAAGUAUGAUGAUUUACUACGUUGUUCUUAGGGGAGUUGAAAAAUUUCAAGCAGAAUUCAACUCGUAUCCUGGGGAAUUCGACGAUCAAGUAGAACCUGAUAUCGUUAAACUCAAGGCACGCAUAACAAAAUUACUAAUCGAAUGGGGAUGUGGGCCAUUAGCGAAAGACGAUUACGUGCAUGAAUUUUGUCGAUUUGGUGGAUCAGAAUUGCAUUCGGUAUCAGCGUUUUUAGGUGGCCUCGCAGCUCAGGAAGUUAUAAAGUUUGUUACAAAUCAGUAUAAACCAGUUCAUAAUACCUUUAUAUACGAUGCAGUUACAUCGAAUUCUGGAACAUUUUUCUUCUAGUAUUGAAUAUUACAUUAAUAACAUACUUUUGUAUUAAAUAAAGAGAAAAAAAAAGAAAAAAAAAUAUAAUAUAAUAUUCAAAUUUGUAGUUUACGCAAGUUUCGUAUAUUUUUAAAUUAACUAUUAUAUGGCCCUUUUUUUGUUUCUAAGAAUGUUAUAUUAUGUUUUUCAUAAAAAUUUACACGAUCUGUUGAAAGUGUAUUAUUAAAACUCAAGUUGAACGAGUAUAAUAUCAACACUUUAAUGUAGCAAUGAACUGAUACACAAGUCAUUUCGUUCUUAUUUAUAAUAAACAACUAUUACUUACAAUAAAUACGUAUAAGGUGGAAAGCAAAUUAAAAUUUUAUAAUACCGUAUAAUCGACGCACGCAAAUGUUAAUAUUUUACCGGUGUUCCACUCUUAAUACAACUUAAUAAAACGGGUUGCGCUUUGAUUUUCGUAUUUCUUCACUUUGUACGUUAACAUCUUAUAUCACGUUAUAUUAUUGUUACUUUAUCGAUAUUGAAUUAACUGUAUCCUGAGUAUACUAAUUAACCGUUAACUACGAUUAACAAUACUAUAAUAUAAAACUCUGACACUCUACUUUCACACAAACCACUUCAGUAUCCUGAACAUAUUCAGUAUCCUAUAUAUUUAUUAUUUGCAAUGUGACUAUCCCUUGACUAUUCCUUCAUUUAUUUUUACUUAAUUUACACGUUACAUUGAUUUUUUCGUAGAUUUUUGUUCAAUAACAAUCAUAUUCGAAAUUCAAGGAAUUGUAAAUUCAGAAGUAGUUUUGCGAAAGCUUGACAAAAUAAUUUCAGUGAUUACAACAAACGCAAUAUCGACAGUACACGCUUCGUACUUCGUAUACACACAUAGCACCGACAAAUACAUAAAUACAUGUAGAAUUAAUAAUAAAUUACCAUCAUAUAUUACAUAUAGAGAAGGAGUUUGUAGGGUAAAUUAUGGGGAGGCGAGGAAAGACUGAGAUAGUUAUUAAUAAUCAAUAAUUCGAUUUAGAGGAAACAUGAAAGAUACUCAUUUUCAAGAUAGUCAACUUGCAAAAAUUUUAAGGAUCAGAGAAGAUAAGAAAAAUUUAACGCGGACGAAUGACAGAUUCAUACAAAAGGGAAAGAGCAUAAUGUAAAUGGAGGAACAUUUAAUAUUUUUAAAUGUCUUCGAGAAAAACACCGGUAGAGAAUUAUAACAACUUUUAUGGUAUACAUAUUCAGAAUUUCAUCUAUUAACUUUCUUGUUUGUUAAAAUCUGAGCCGUAUAAUUUAUUAAUUAUUUUCGUCUGUUGUUCAAUAAUUCGUCAUUUCUGUUUAUAGAGUUAAUGUGAGCAGGAUAUAUUUCUACAGAAACGGUUAAAGCAAUUUGAAACUAACCCCCGUCAUUAUUUUUUAAUGUUUAUACUUAUAUGUAUAUUUGUCAGUAAAAUCGGUUCGAUCUGUUACUACUAUUGACUUUUACUUCAGACACCGAAAUAUCGGAUUUACGAAAAAAAAUGAUUAUUUUGCCUAAAACGGUACAUGCACAAAAGUUUUGUCUCAUUUGAUGAUUUACUUUCUUUCGAUAACUAAACAAAGAAAGAAACAAUUUUCAAUUUUUAAUUUCUAUAAAGCGCGUAUUUACAAAUUCAAACAAGAUAUGCCACUUAAUUUUGAAACUAUAUGACUUCGUUGACCACUAUAAACAUUGCUAUUGAAAUAUUUUCAGAAAAUAGAUAUAGAAAAAGUUUAGAGCAUGAAACGUUAAUGUCAUCGAUAAGAUCAACAGUAUUUGUUAGAAGUAAACCUUCUGGGAUAAAACCUUGGUACAAGCAAUGUUAGUAAUUUGUAAUACCAUUGAUAUCCUAUAGAAGAAUCUCUAAUCAAUUUUUUAGAAAUACUAGGAUCUUAGGCAAGAAAUGAUAAUUGAAUAUAGAUAGAUCUCAAUAUGCAACAAGUGUUGACUUUCGUUAAAAUUGUUCAGACAAAGACACUGUCGUUUUACAUUAAAGUUACUGCGUUGUUAUUAUGUGGACUUUUUCUUAUUAAUAAAUGUUCUUCUUGCUAGUAGUUAUAUUGUGAAGUAUUAUUGGUAGAAGUGAAAAUCAUUACAUAAUCCACCAAACUCCUAACUUUAUACAUUCUAAUUUAAGAAGAAGUAUCAGGACAAAUACGAGCAAUAAAUAACAGUAUUUCAUUUUUACUGAUGCUUUUGUCAAUAUUCCAGUAUUUAGGAAUUUGUACAAAUGCCAUUCUUUCUCCAAACUACAAUGUGUGACAUACGAUUCAUUAUUUAGUGCGAUUCUUCAAAUACCUUAUUUUACAAUAAACAUUCCAAUGCCACGCAGCAGCACAAAGAACUUUUAUGAAAAGAGUUUCAUUUAAUUUAUCAAAUAUUUGGAAAAAAAAAAAAAAUGUAGAAUGGUAUAAUUACUCAAGCUUUAUUGAAUCAACUCUUAGUUUUUCGCAUUCGUUAUUAUCGUUUUUCAAUUUAUUUAUAUAUGUAUAUAUAAAUAUAAUAUUUGUUAUUUACGAUAUUUAUAGUGAAUUUAAUAUCUUAUAUACAGGGUGGUUCGUUAUUGUUGAUACAAGUGUAAAACAAAGAUUUUGCAAAUGAACCAUCGUUUUCGAGAAAAACAAUUUCGAAAAUUCGCCAGGUACACCUGUAUUUGAUUUAGAAUUAAUCAAGCAAACAUUAUUCUAAAUCAUAUCUGUCUUAUUUGUGUUUACAAAUGUCAUUGAUGUCACACUAUUAUAAACUUGUAGUUGUAGGAUUACAAAAUUAAAAAUGAAAGUCGUUAUAGCUUCCAAAGAGUUUAAAAUAUGAAUUAUACUGCAAAGAGUACAUAACAAUUUACUUUUCAUAAAUCAAUUCUAAAUAGGUUCAUUAUUUAUAAACACAAAUAAAUGAGAUAUGAUCUGUAACUAGAUUCGCUACACUAAUUUUUAGUCGCGUGUGAAUGUGCCCUACGGACUUUCGAAAUCGAUUUUCUUGAAAACAAUGUCUCAUUUUCAAAAACUUUAUUCUACACUUUUGAUCCAUUUUUUGUACCGCCAAUAAUAAAUUACUCUGUAUAAAGAUGCAUUAGGUAAGGAACUCUUUCACUUUGCAACAUAUUUAUAUAUUAUAAUAAAAAUGAAUCCUUUCAAUUAAUUUUCAUUGUUAUUACUUUCCAUUGGUUUAGUGAUGUCUCCCGUGUUCGCUUUUUAUCAAAUAUUACUGUUUUCUUAAACAUUCCUUAAUAGGUAACUUGCUAAUAAAUUAAAAAUUGAAAAUUUCAUGUAAUUUAUUAAUAAUAGGAGAAAACUCUAAUUUAAACAAUGAAUAUCUACUUAU